GAACGCGCUGCCUCGGGUCCCAGGCGCCGCGCGCCGCAGCGUGGGCGGGGAGAGGGAGAAAGAGAGGGAGCCUCGCGGGCGGGCAGCGCAGACGGCGGGCGCGCGAGCCAGCGAGCGCUCAGAGCCGGAGUCGGGGCUCGAGCGAGAGGACAGGCAGCGAGAGAGGGGUUAGCGCAGGGCGGACAGACAGAGGGAUACAUAAAGGGCAGGGAGAGGGAGGGACAGACAGCGGCACAGCAGCGAGAGGGAGACAAGAGGCAGCGGGAGCCAGCUGGGCGAGUCACACAGACCCACGCGCCCAGAGAAGUAGCGUCUCCUCCCGAGUAGCAAAGGGGGCGAGGAGGAGGAGGAGGAGCAGGAGGCAGAGACCAUGUCUUUCAGGAAGACCGCCACUGUACUGUAACAGCACCGCAGCUGCAGCAACAUAAACACACACGCCAAAAAAGCCCCACACCGCCCAGAAGCUGGGGGCAGAUCCAGUUUGCAGGCAAGUCUUCAUCAUGGAUCGAGGCAAGUUUGUGUGCACAAUUAGGCUUGCAAAUUACUAAUCUCACCUUGACUUUGCCUCUCAGUUCCCAACUGAGCAUGGUUACCUUGAGAACUGUGGCAUUAGCACUGUUAGAGCAUGCUCUGCUUGGGAGUUCGGGUGUGUUCUAUUUUUAAUGCUAUUUAAUGAAGAAGCUUCUCACUCUGCAAUGAAGGAAGCAUAAUGGAAGAGCAGAGCAAUGGUUGGUUAUGGAUACUGAAAAAGGAAAAUUGCAAAGGUUGAUGAUGAUCUGUAAAACUGUCUAAAGGAAGAGCAUGGAGACUGGCAUUCUGAACUGUUAGUGGGGACAUGGGACUCAUGUUGUCAUUGAUCAUUUGUGUGGAUUUAACCAUUGAAGAGCAACAGAAGCAGCUAGAAAGACGUCGAGAAUUAAAGCUGCUUUGAAGGUCACCGAAUCUUGUUUUAAUUUCUGUCUGGGAGAAUGUCUGAGCAAGGUAAAUUGAACCAGGAGACAGCAGAGGAAGCUGCCAAAGAGCAGGAGUCCGCCAUCUCUGAUGCGACCCCAGAGAACUACAUCAUUAAUAAAACGGAAAGCUUGGAAGCAGAGGAAAAGGAGGAGAAGCUGAGUGAUGCCAAGACGGACCUCCAGAAACGAGGCGUAAACCAGAACCAGCAGAAAAAGAGAUCCAAGUCAGGAGCUAAGGGGAAACUGGUCCGGAGUCUUGCUGUGUGCGAAGAAUCAUCCCCUCGACUGGGAGCAGAAGGUCUUCAUGAUAAUCAGGAAUCAAUACAACUACAGCUUUCGAGUUUCCCCAGUCUACAAGAAGAAGAUAAAUCUAGUAAAGAUGACUCUGAGAAAGAAAAAGAGAAGGAUAAAAACAAAGAAAAAGAUAAAAACUGUGAAAAAUCCAAGAUCAGAAUGUUAUCAAAAGAUUGCAGCCAAGAAUAUACCGACUCAACAGGCAUAGAUUUACAUGAAUUUCUGGUGAACACAUUAAAGAAUAAUCCCAGGGACAGAAUGAUACUCUUAAAAAUGGAACAGGAAAUUAUAGAUUUUAUUAGUGACAACAAUAAUCAUUAUAAAAAGUUCCCUCAGAUGUCGUCCUAUCAGAGGAUGUUAGUGCACAGAGUGGCAGCUUAUUUUGGAAUGGAUCACAAUGUUGAUCAAACUGGAAAAUCUGUAAUUAUCAACAAGACCAGCAAUACUAGAAUGCUGAAACCUGGCAUCCAAGGAACCGAUGUUGCAAGGAGAACCAUACGGGCAGAUCCUGCAGCAGUGCAUGAAGUUCCAUUGAAGUCAGGUGCCACAUGUGCACAGGGAUCUGCCCAUACAGUUCCCCUUUCAAGAUCAAGGCCCAAUAGACCAGAGCAAAGGUUUUCUGAACAUUUAAAAGAUGAAAAAGGUGAAGAAUCCCAGAAGCGAUUUAUCUUGAAGCGAGAUAACUCUAGUAUUGAUAAAGAAGACAAUCAGCAAAACAGAAUUCAUCCAUUUAGAGAUGACAGACGAAGUAAAUCAAUUGAAGAGAGAGAAGAGGAGUAUCAGAGAGUGAGGGAGAGAAUAUUUGCACAAGAUUCAGUUUGCUCCCAGGAAAACCUUUUUGUGGAAAACAGUAGGCUCUUGGAAGACAACGGUAUAUGCAAUGACACCCAUAAGAAAAGACAGCUAUUUAGGGGUAACAGAGAUAGCACAGGGAAGGCAUCUGGCAGCCGGCAAAGCAGUACAGAGAACGAAAUGAAAUGGACAGACCACCAGAGGCCAUGGAGCAGCACAGAUUCCGACAGCUCCAAUCGCAAUUUAAAGCCAGCCAUAACAAAGACAGCAAGUUUUGGUGGAAUAACUGUUCUGACAAGAGGAGAAAGCUCAUCAAGUAACAGGAGUACCGGCAAACUGUGUAAAACAGGUUCAGAGUCUUCCAGCAGCGCUGGCUCCUCAGGAUCACUGUCACGAACACAUCAGCCUCUCCAAAGUGCAUCCAUUGUCCCUGGAGUGACAGCCAGCCCUUCAGGCAAUGUUUCCUAUACAGAGAAUGGGAUGAAUGGCCAGGUAGCACCAAGCAACACCAGCUAUAUCAUACUUCCACUUGAAGCUGCAGGGAUACCACCUGGCAGUAUCCUCCUCAAUCCACACACAGGCCAACCGUUUGUAAAUCCUGAUGGUACACCUGCAAUAUAUAACCCUCCCAGCGGCCAGCAGCCAAUUAGGAGCCAGCUUGUGGGACAGUCUCAGCAGCAGCCUUCGUCCCAACAGCAGCAGCAAGUGCAACAACCACAGCAACAAAUGGCAAGUCACCUUGUCACACAGCCUGUUCAGGCUUUGCAGCCAUCUUCCCAGACAGUCCAAUAUCCAGCUGUUUCUUAUCCACCCCAGCAUCUCCUGCCAGUCUCUCCAACGCAGCAGUUUCCUGUGCGAGAUGACAUGACAACACAAUUUAGCCAGAUGAGCUUAAGUCGUCAGUCAUCAGGAGAGAACCCCGAGUCGCCUUCUGGUCCUGUCUACCCAUCACCUAUUAUACAGCCAUCUGGCCAGCAGACUGGUUAUGUCAUGGCAUCCCCAAGUCAGCAGCUUCCCCCAGGAAGUUUUACAGGUUCAGGUCCACCCGUAUCGCAACAAGUACUGCAGCCUCCCCCACCACCCCAGGGCUACGUACAGCAACCACCACCUGCUCAGAUGCCAGUGUAUUACUACCCAUCUGGUCAAUACCCUACCUCAGCAACUCAGCAGUAUAGACCCAUUGCCUCAGUUCAGUACAAUGCACAGCGGAGUCAACAAAUACCCCAGACUGCACAGCAAGCAGGUUAUCAGCCUGUCUUGACUAAUCAGCAACAAGGGUUCCAAGGACUCAUGGGAAUGCAGCAACCUUCCCAAAGUCAGAACCUGAUGAAUAAUCAGCAGGGAAAUCAGGUGCAAGGCAUGAUGGUUCAGUAUCCAGCCAUGUCGUCUUAUCAGGUGCCAAUGACGCAGGGUUCUCAAGGACUGCCACAACAAUCAUAUCAACAACCAAUCAUGCUACCGAAUCAAUCAGGUCAAGGAACAAUUACAGCCACUGGAAUGCCUGUUUACUGUAAUGUCAUACCUCCCACCCCACAGAACAACUUAAGGUUGAUUGCCCCACACUGCCCCUCCAGUAACGUUCCAGUUAUCGCUGCCAGCUGCAGGACAAACUGUGCAAGUAUUAACAGUACAGGGUGGCAGGUCAAGUACUGAUACUGCGGCUUAGUGUGGAUAUACAAGAAUAGCGGUGCAUUAUUUGACAAAUAACUCAUGGCCUUCAAGUGAAGAGGAGCACAACAGGAUAAUCAGUUGGGGACAUACGUACUGACAGUGCUCAAGCGAUUGCUGCUGGAAUUCUGUAAAAAAAAAAAAAUUAAAUUAAAAAGAUGUUUGCUGGUUAAUGGUGCAUAUUUUGUCAUGUCUGCUAGGUAUGCCUUUAUAGCUUAGCUAGUGACAUGAAUUCACUGAGGUAAGAUUUUUUCCUACCACUGAACACCACUGUGUAGAUUGUAAUAUCCCUGAUUCGGAUUAGUUUUGUACUUUGUGUUGAGUUUGUGAAGCUAAAAGUAUUUAAAAAAAUAUAUAAUAAAAUCACAUUGUACCAAAGCUGUAAUGGAAAUUUAAAAAAACAAAAAAAGAAUUGCUGAAUGGAAGGAAUAAUUUAUAUACAUUAUAGAGGUUUUUUUAUGGACAUAUACUGUAUUGUAGUGUUUAAUCACAAUAAAGCUAUUUGACCUCAUGGAGAAAGGUCAUGUUUCUA